CUCAUAUCUGCUGCUGCUUCUUCCUCUCACUUUCUCCUAAAUCAAUGACAACUAAACAAACCCCCAUUUCCUUUUUUCAAGUCCAGACAACACACAGAGCUACCUAAGCUUCUAGAGUCGGUGGAGCGACACCCAGACCCAGACCCAAGAAGAAGAAGCUGCCUCAACCCCAACCCAACACGCUUUGCCGAUCUACUCAGACGCCGGCGGAAUCUCCGGCCACGUUCUCACCGCAAUGAGAGCUUCCAACCACCUCACCAGGUGCUGAAAUGAAGGGGGUGCAUAGCAGCAAGGCGCACAGCGCCGAGAAGCCGAUCCCGGGAUGCCUGGGAAGAAUGGUCAACUUGUUUGAUAUGAGUACAGGGGUUUCUAGAAACAAGCUGCUCACUGAUAAACCCCACCAUGAUGGUUCUUCGCUCUCAAGGAGUCAAUCAGAUGUGGUAACAAUGCUGGGUUCCCCCUUUGGGGAUCAAAUAGAGGAUAAAGUGAUUGUUUCAGAGUUGAGGAGAAGUUCAUCAAACAAUAAAGCAAAUGGAACACCGAUAAAGAUGCUUUUAGACCAAGAAAUGUCAAAAGAGGUGGAAACUAAGAAAAAUCCACCUAAUGUAGUUGCCAAGUUGAUGGGUCUUGAUGCUUUUCCACGACAACAGCCUGAUGCAGCUGUACAAAGAAGUAAUGCAAGCAAUUAUUCACAAUGUACUAAUACUCGUUCCAGUGUACCAUCGGGAUGUUGGCAGCAUGAAGAUGAAUUUUUGGACAAGAGAAUGCAGCAUGAAUAUCAUCAGUGUCCGGAGCAGAAUGAUUACAAAGAUGUUUAUGAAGUCUGGCAGCAACCUCCGAAGACAAGUUAUGGAAGAAAUAAAUCACCACAGAAGGGAAGGUAUAAUGGAAAGAUUAAUGAGAAGCAGAUGGAUCUUGUUCGUCAGAAGUUCAUGGAAGCCAAACGAUUGGCUACAGAUGAGAGACUUCGCCAAUCCAAAGAAUUCGAAGAUGCACUAGAAGUAUUAAGUUCCAAUAAAGAUUUGUUUCUCAAGUUUCUGCAAGAACCAAAUUCCUUGUUUUCUCAACAUCUAUAUGAAUUACAAUCUCUUCCUCCACCUACAGAGACAAAGCGGAUCACUGUUCUUAGACCUACAAAGAUGGUUUCAAAUGACAAUUUUGUGGGAUCAGGGAAUAAGAGUGAUAAACAGACAAAUAAGUCAUCUCAGGUAUGUCAAGCAGUGUGGGAAAGCCACCAUGUAUACCCUGCUACCAUUGCUGAUCAGAAAGUUGAUGAAUACUCUCCUCCACCAACUCGGAUAGUGGUGUUGAGGCCUACCCCUGGGAAGACUGAAGACAGUAAGGCCGUGGUUUCUUCCCCUACCUCAUCACCAAGAUUACAGGGUGAAAACUUCUAUGAGAAGCAUGUAGAUGAUGAGGUGCAAGAAUCAAUAGAAGCUGAAGAGGAGAUCACACAGACAACGCGUGAUAAUUCGAUGGGCCACCAGAGAAAUGAAACUUUGCUUUCCUCUGUCUUUUCCAAUGGUUAUACUGGGGAUGAGAGUUCGUUUCACAAAUCAGAAAUUGAAUAUGCAGCUGGAAUUCUCAGUGACUCAGAAGUCAUGUCACCGUCUCCUAGGCAUUCGUGGGAUUACAUCAAUAGGUUUGGCAGCCCUUUCUCUUCUUCUUCCUUCAGCCGCAUGUCAUGUUCUCCAGAGUCAUCUGUUUGCAGAGAAGCCAAGAAGCGACUUUCUGAAAGAUGGGCCAUGAUGGCCUUGAAUGGAAAUUCUCAGGAGCAAAGACAUGCCCGCAGGAGCUCAAGUACAUUAGGUGAGAUGCUCGCACUAUCAGAGGUUAAGAAGUCAACAACAUCUGAGGAUGAAAGUAGUCACAAGGAACAAGAACGAAGGGAAUCAGUUUCAUGCUUAAUUAGUGAUUCCAGUAAGGAAGAGCUGGUUUAUUCUGCUAGUCUUGUGAGGUCAAAGUCUCUCCCUGUAUCUUCUGCAGUAUUUAGCAACCAAGUUAGCAUUGAAGGUUCAGAUCAUGGGAAGAUAGAUGUUCCCAAAGAGCUGAAUAAGGCAAAGAGCAUGAAGUCAUCAUUGAAAGGGAAAGUCUCAAGUUUAUUUUUCUCUAGAAAUAAGAAAUCAAAUAAAGAGAAAUCUGAGGCAUCUCAAGCAAACAAGGAAUCUCAAUCUUCCUUUUCUGAACAAUUAAAUUCUCUGGUUCGUCCCAGUAUGAUUAGUGAUGAUGCAUCUCAGUGUUCCAAUGAUGGUGGAUUCGAAGGGUGUUUCUCUCCUGCUCUUUGUGGUGCUUCAGGAAAAGAUUCUCCGGUCGUUACAAACAUUGAACAAAGACAAGGGGCAGCUCCAUGGGAGGCAGGAUUGUCUUUGGCAAAGCCUGUGGCACCUGGAAAUGCUGGUGAGAAUCAAGACCAGCCAAGUCCAAUAUCUGUUCUAGAACCACCAUUUGUAGAGGAUGACAAUACUAUUCAGGAAUUUUCUAGAUUUUUAAAGCCAGACCACCUAGGAAGAAAUCUUAAGUCUAACUUGAUUGACAAAUCACCGCCGAUAGGAUCGAUUGCUCGGACCCUGUCAUGGGGUGAAUCUUGCGCUGAGCCUGCCACACCAUAUGGUCCGUAUCUAGUAAAAUCACCUUCAGUUUCCACAAGCACUGAGGAAGAAGAACAAGACUGGCAUGCCGUUGUCCAAACUCUUUUAUCAGCAGCCGGCCUUGAUGGUGAGUUACAGUGCGACUCAUUUUUUGGUAAAUGGCAUUCACUUGAAAGUCCUUUGGACCCAUCUCUCCGAGAUAAAUACGCCAACCCAAAUGACAAGGAGCCUUUGCACGAGGCAAAAAGAAGGAAAUGGCGAUCAAGUCGGAAGCUUGUAUUCGACUGUGUUAAUGCAGCCCUAGUGGACAUCACUGGUUACGGGUCAUCAGACAGCAGUAGUGUAAGGAUCGUUUCGUGCAGCGGGGCCCACGACAGGUUCUUAGAGGGCGAUUCCCUCCUAUUGGCAGACCGUGUAUGGUCCCGGGUGAAGGAAUGGUUUUUGAGUGACGUGAGGUGUGUUUCGGAGGACGGUGGGGACAUUAACAGCCUGGUGGUGGAGAGGGUGGUGAAGAAGGAGGUUGUAGGUAGAGGGUGGCCUGAGCAAAUGAGAUGUGAAAUUGACAUUGUAGGGAAGGAAAUAGAGGGGAAGUUGCUGCAAGAGCUUGUGGAGGAGGCUGUGGUUGAUUUGACAGGGAGGACAUGAAUCCAACCAUUGCAUGAUAUGGGGGGCUUUAGUUAUUUUUUUCCUCUUAUUAAAAUUUCAUUGUAACUCUAUUAUUUGUGCAUUUGAUUUUCAACAAUUAUGGCCCCUCUACCCACCUCAGUUGUUUAAUGCCACAAACACUUUAAUCAUU